GGAAGGAGGAGGAGGAGAAGGAGGAAGAGCGGGCGGACAUUUCGUGGCGGCUCCGCCCGGCGGGGCGGGACGGGCCGGGGCAGCCAUGGCGGAGCGGGGCCGAGGGCAGAGUCCGAGCACCAUGGAGGACCUGCUGGACGUGGAGAACAAGCGGAUGGCCGACAGCCUGGCCAGCAAGGUCACCAGGCUGAAGUCGCUGGCUCUGGAUAUUGACAAGGAUGCUGAGGAACAGAACCGCUACCUGGAUGGCAUGGACUCGGAUUUCCUGAGCGUGACCGGGCUGCUGACGGGCAGCGUGAAGCGCUUCUCGGGCAUGGCGCGCUCCGGCCGCGACAACCGCCGGCUGCUCCUGGCCGUGUCCGUGGCCCUCGUCCUCAUCUUCUUCAUCCUCUACUACCUGGUGUCCCGGGCAGGGACCUGAGCCCAGCCUGGGAGGUGGCACAGGCUGGACCCCACCAUCCACAGACCUGCCCACACGUUUUCCAGAGGAGCCUACAGCCACACCU